AUGACCGCCGCUCACUGCAUCUCAUCCAGCCGUACGUACCAGGUGGUGCUCGGGGAACACGAUCGGAGCAUGGCGGAGGGGCGGGAGCAGAUUGUCCCAAUAAAUAAGGGAGACAUUUUUGUCCAUGAGGGAUGGAAGAGCUCCUCCGUGUCCAAUGGGAAUGACAUCGCUCUCAUCAAGUUGUCUCGGGUCGCUCUGCUGAACGAUGAGGUGCAAUUGGCCUGUCUCCCCCCCGCUGGGGAACUCCUACCCAACCAGUACCCCUGUUAUAUCAGCGGAUGGGGCCGCCUCACCACCGGUGGAAGCCUCCCUGACGUCCUCCAGCAGGCUCUCCUCCCCGUGGCGGAUCAUACCACCUGCAGCCAGAGGGAUUGGUGGGGCAGCACCGUGAAGACCUCCAUGGUUUGUGCCGGAGGAGACACCAAAGCCGGCUGCAAUGGUGACUCCGGUGGUCCUCUGAACUGUCAGGGGGGUGACGGCAGGUGGUACGUCACACGGCAUCGCCAGCUUUGUCUCCUCUCUGGGCUGCAACGCCCCCAAGAAGCCGACCGUGUUCACCCGCGUCUCCGCCUUCAACGCCUGGGUCAGCAAUGUGAGUAUCGCAGGGCGAGGUGA